AUUGAAUUUUGUUUAAACUGGGUGGCAUCUCUCUAGGUCGAGCGAAAUAAUUUAAGGUGCAUAUUAAAAAAUAAACAGAAUAUGUCAUUAUUUCGCAGCGCAACGGGUGUAUUAUGCCUAACAAGGUCUAUAAAUGUUGCCGGCGGAGUGCAACCACGCCGACACAUAAAACGUUGGGUAUCACCAACGUUACGUGAGCUUGCACAUCGUGUGCAAAAACAAGGACCACAAAAGCCGGAGCCGCGUUCCGGAUUUAUUGAAUGGAACUACCGAUCAGAGCUGUUUGCCUUUGGCAAGCGGCUUAAUGAGGAGUUCCAGCUGCCUCUGUUACAGACUGCAUUUAUGCAAAGUACAUAUGCGCACCAGGAGCAGGAGCGCCAGCGGAAACUUGGAAUUGCUGAGGCUGAUCUGCAAAGAGGCGACAACAGCGAACUAAUAGCCAAAGGCGCACAUAUAGCCAAAGCUUAUGUGGAGGCAUAUUUGCGUUACGCGCUGCCAAAAGUGCCAGAAAUUGGACAUCGAGAAAUUACCACGUAUCUGCUUAGCAACGAGUCCCUGGCUCAUGUAUCAUUACAUCUUGGAACAAAAGAUCUGAUCUUGUCCACCGAAUAUCCCCCCAGUGAAGAGACCUUGGCCAAAACGUUGCAGGCUAUAAUUGGCGCCUUGGCCGACUCAAAUGGUGUUGAACGCGCAUUUCUGUUUGUCAGGGAUUUCAUAUGUACGCAGCUCAAUCAAAAGGAUCUACUAGAAAUAUGGACACCCGAGCAACCAAUGCAGCUACUCAGCGAUGUUUGCAAGCAACGUAAUCUAGGCGAACCCGAGCCACGCCUGCUCGCUGAUUGUGGGAAAAAUACUGUAUUAGCUGCCUAUAAUGUAGGCAUUUAUGCCGAUCGCAAACUUCUUGGCAAAGGGUUUGGCGAGAAUGUGCAACAGGCAACAGAAACUGCCGCCAUCGAUGCACUACAGGCACUCUUUGACAUGCAUGAUAGCCGUCGUCCGUUUGACUUUCGAGUGCAAUUGGAGGCACAGCAUGUCAGGCUAGGUUAAGGUGUUGUUCUCGUUUUUGGUUGAUUAUUAAAUGUAAUUUGCACUAAACACACAUGUACUUGCUGAA